AGUAUAUUCUAUCUCAUUCAAAACACCCAAGCACAAACUAUUUUUGGAUAUUCCUUUAUUGAUUAUGAUGCGAUUGAAGUAUCCUCAAGCAUCUACCAAUAAACCCUCCUUCUGCACUCUCUCUCCCUAGUGAUCUCUAGACUAGAAAGAAUGUUGAUGAGCACUGUCUUCAACUCCAUUGAACCCCUUCAUCUCAAAACUUCUUCUUUUUGUCCAAUUUCACUUUCCACCAAACACCCUAAUCUUCUCCUCCCCCUCACAUUACCCAAUUCCCGAAUCACCCCCUGUAGACCAAUUAAAUGGCAGAUAAGUGGUUGUGCAGCUGGUCAAGAAAUCGACAUGGAAAGAAGCAAAGAAGGAUUAUACAAAGCAAAGCCCAAAAAAGUUGUAAUCUUAUGGGACUUAGACAACAAACCACCACGUGGUCCACCUUAUGAGGCAGCCAUGUCACUUAAAAAGUUAGCACAAUGUUUUGGUGAAGUUGUUGAUAUGUCUGCAUAUGCAAAUCGACAUGCUUUCAUCCAUCUUCCUCAAUGGGUUCUUGAACAAAGGCGUGAAAGACGCCAUCUUGAUGUUCUUGAACGUAAAGGGGUUGUAAACCCAUCUGAAACUUACAUAUGUUCUGUUUGUGGAAGAAAAUGUAAGACCCAUUUGGAUUUGAAGAAGCAUUUUAAGCAGUUACAUGAAAGGGAAAGGGAAAAAAAGCUAAGUCGUAUGAGGUCAUUAAAAGGCAAGAAAAGACAGAAGUUUAAAGAGAGAUUUGUUGAUGGUAAUUAUAAGUAUAUUGAAGCUGCUAAGAGUUUGAUAACACCAAAAGUUGGUUAUGGUUUAGCAUAUGAGUUGAGGAGAGCUGGGGUUUAUGUAAAGACCGUUGCGGAUAAGCCACAGGCAGCAGAUUGGGCAUUGAAAAAGCAAAUGCAGCAUUCAAUGAGUAGAGGUAUUGAUUGGUUAUUCUUGAUUUCUGAUGAUUCUGAUUUUUGUGAUAUGUUGAGGAGAGCAAAAGAAGCUAAUUUGGGUACAGUAGUAGUUGGGGAUUGGGAUAGGGCAUUAGGGAGGCAUGCUGAUUUAUGGGUUCCAUGGACGGGGGUAGAGAACGGGGAGAUAACGGAGAAGGAUUUAGUGUUAAAGAUUGAGAGGAGAAAGGAGUCUUGGGGUAGGAGUAAUGCUCGGUUUUCUGUAAGUGAGUUCAAUGGUGGGACGAGUGGGGAGGGUACUAGUUUGAUGGAUGACAUUGUUGAGAAUUUGGAGUCUUCUGGCACGAGGAUUUCAGCAUUCUCUGAAGGUGAGGAGGAUGAAGAAGUUGACGAACUGGAAUGGCUUCGAGCGAGAUUGGAUCGACAAGGUGAUGACGAAUAUAAUACAGAGGACAGCGACGAAGAGGAGGGGGACUACUUACUGGAUAGUGAGGACGAAGAUACAGGCGAGAUGGUAAUAUAUGAUGAUGAAAGCAAUAAGAGAAAUAACAGUUUGAAUUUAUAGUAAUUGAUUGAGAUACGGCUAUGCUCUGUGAAAAUGAGGUAAAAUGAAAGGUGGCUAAAGCAAUUUGACAUAUUGGCCGAGUGUGUCUCUAGCAGUUCAGCUAUCUUAGAGUAUGUGAGGUGUUUUUCUUGAGAUGGAUUCCGGAGAUCAGAAGCUUCAAAAGAACUGUUUCUGGUUUUUAUCCCCUCCCCCGCCCCACAAUAUCUGUCAAUUCCCUUGCUUAUUUAAGAUAUUUUGUUCAUGAUUUAGCUAUGGAAGUCCAAUGGAAUUGGUUUUUGGUCAAAUUGUCAAAGUAAAGUACGCAGCUUUGCUAGCAAGCGCAUUUUGGUUUCCAAUUUUAUUACUCUGCUCUUUUCGAUCUGACAUGAAAUAGAUUAUAAAUUGGAAUUGAUACAAUCAACCGAUGGAUUUAUUUUAGCUUGCACUUAUGUACUCACUAAUCGGGACUAUGCUUGGAAAAGGAAGUCUUGUCUGGACUCCUAUUGCAUCCAUUCUUUCCAUCUUGUGUUUCUGUUAGCUAUGCAGUCCAUGGAGAAAUGGUAUUUCACAUUUUCUUUCUCCAUGUUAAUGUAGAUUUUCCUGUGAAUUAAUUGUUACCAU